AGUGUGUUUGUUGACGUCUGACUGUCACUGACAUUUGAAAAUCAAUUUGACUUCCUUUAUUUCAGAGAAAGGAAGUGAAAGAAAUUUCAGAGCUGCUGUUCAACACGACAGUUCGGAAGAGAAGAAAGAAAAGUCUACAAAUAAUGUUUGAGCAGUGAGUCAGUGAAGGACGAUGGCAUCUGUUGAUCAGCAUUGUGACUCACGAGAUGAGAUGGAAGAAGACAAGCUGAAACACAAGGAAGUCCAGAUGAGCAGCAGCGCUCACACUAGAGUCAGUGUUGAUCUGAAUGCUCAGAUGGGAGCAACUGUAAAUGCUCCUGUACUCGCUGGAAACACCUUCACAGCCCCAGUGAACAUCUACAACACUGCAAGAAACGAGCCACAAAAUAUUACAGAGACAGCAGAGAAACACAGAGAAGAGCAAGAGGAUUUGAUUCUGAAAAAAUUCUUGGGAACUCACAAAACAGAUAUGAAGAAGAAAGCAGAGCGUAUUUUUGAAGGCAAGAAAGAAAACGAAGCACAUCUCAAGGCUGUUUACACAGAACUGUUCAUCACAGAAGGAGAUAUGAACGAUGUCAAUCAGGAACAUGAGAUUCUGAAGAUUGACGAUGCUUUCAAGAACAAAAAAACACAGGACAAACCCAUUAAAUGCAAUGAUAUAUUUACUGAACUGAGGAAAAACAAUGAGGAAAAGAUUGUGCUGACCAAGGGAGUCGCUGGCAUCGGAAAAACUGUCUCUGUGCACAAGUUCAUCCUGGACUGGGCAGAGGAAACAGCCAAUCAGGAUAUACAAUGUGUGUUCCUGCUUCCAUUCCGAGAUAUUAACAGCAUUAAAGACAGAGAGUUCAAUCUCCAUGAGUUUCUGCUGAAAUUUUAUCCUCAAUUGAAGGACCUGGAAAAAUCAAAGUUAUAUAAGGAAUGUAAACUUGCAUUUAUAUUUGAUGGACUUGAUGAGAGUCGCCUGCCUUUGAAUUUUGAAAGCGGAAUAUUGAACAAUGUUGAGGAAAGAUCAUCUGUAGAUGUGUUGUUCACAAGUCUGGUCAAAGGGAUUCUGCUUCCAUCAGCUCUCAUCUGGGUGACCUCACGACCAGCAGCAGCCAAUCAGAUCCCUCCUGAGUAUGUGGGUUUGUUCACAGAGGUGCAAGGAUUCACUGACCAGCAGAAGGAAGAGUACUUCAGAAAGAGAAUCACAGAUGAGACUCAGGCCUCCAGAAUCAUCUCACACAUUAAGACGUCUCGUAGUCUCUACAUCAUGUGUCACAUUCCUGUGUUCUGCUGGAUCACUGCCACAGUACUUCAGAAUAUUCUUAAGAACAACACUGAGAACAUCAGCACAACGCUCACUGAAAUGUACAUUCACUUCCUGCUGAUACAGAUGAACAUGAAGAGCCAGAAAUAUGACAGAAAAACAGAGAGACAACGUACAAAGCUCUUACAGUCAAAUAAAGAAAUGAUUUUGAAGUUAGCCAAGCUAGCGUUUGAACAGUUGAAGGAGGAAAACAUUGUGUUCUAUGAGGAAGAUCUGGAAGCAUGUGGUAUUGAUGUGAGUGAAGACACUGAGUUCACAGGAAUGAUCGCUGAGAUCUUUAAGCAGGAAGAUGGACUUCAUGAAGAAAAGGUGUUCUGCUUUGUGCAUCUGAGUGUUCAAGAGUUCCUCGCUGCAGUGCAUGUGUUCCUCUGUUACCUGAACAAGAACAUGCAGGAGCUUCAGUUUUUCUUUGAGAAGCCAAAAGAAAACAUCACAUUGCAGGAGCUACUAGAGAAGGCUGUUAAUAAAGCCAUGAAGAGUGAGAGAGGACAUCUGGACCUGUUCCUGCGGUUUCUGAUGGGAAAUUCACUGGGAUCCAGUCAAAACCUGCUCAAAGGCCUGAUCACACACACUGAAGACACCACAGAGAGCAUCACACAAACAACUGAAUACAUUAAACAAGUACAAAACAAGAAGAUCUCAGAUGAAGCUUCAGUCAACCUGUUUUAUUGCUUACUUGAGCUCAAAGAUCAUUCAUUAUAUGAGGAAAUCCAGAGAUACCUCAGUUCAGAUGAACAUCCAGGGAAAAAACUCUCAUCUUCAAUGUGCACAGUGCUGACCUACAUACUGCUGAUGUCAGAGAAGAUGCUGGAUGAGUUCAACCCAAAGAGGUUCACGUCAUCUUCAAACUACAAGAGACUCGUUCCAGCUGUGAGAUGCUGCAGAAAAGCCCUAUUUGACGGCUGUGGUCUUGAUGAAACUUGCUGUGAAACUGUAUCUUCAGUUCUACAAUCAUCAAACUCCCAUCUGAGAGAGUUGGACCUGAGCAACAAUCACCUGAAGAAUUCAGGAGUAAUGCUGCUUUCUGAUGGACUGAAGAGUUCAAACUGUAAACUAAACAUACUGAGGCUAUGUGGGUGUAAUCUCACUGGUCAGUCCUGUGAAAGUUUAUCUUCAGCUCUACAGUCAUCAAACUCUGUCCUGAAAGAGCUGGACCUGAGUAACAAUGACCUGCAGAAUUCUGGAUUGAAGCUUCUUUCUGAUGGACUGAAGAGUCCAAACUGUCAGCUGCAAAUACUGAGCCUUACUCACUGUAAUCUUGCUGUUCAGGCUUGUGAGAGUUUUUCAUCAGUUCUACAAUCCUCAAACUCUGUCCUGAAAGAGCUGGACCUGAGUAACAAUGACCUGCAGGAUUCUGGAGUGAAGCUUCUUUCUGAUGGACUGAAGAGUCCAAACUGUCACCUGCAGAUACUGAGCCUUACUCACUGUAAUCUCACUGUUCAGGCUUGUGAGAGUUUUUCAUCAGUUCUACAAUCCUCAAACUCUGUCCUGAGAGAACUGGACCUGAGUAACAAUGACCUGCACGAUUCUGGAGUGAAGCUUCUUUCUGAUGGACUGAAGAGAAACUGUAAGCUGGAGAUUUUGAGGUUGUCUGGCUGUAUGGUGAUAGAGGAAGGCUUUCGUUAUGUGUCUUCAGCUCUGAGUUUGAACCCCUCACACCUGAGAGAGCUGGAUCUGAGCUACAAUCACCCAGGAGACUCAGGAGUGAAGCUGCUCAACCAUCCAAACUACAGACUGGACAAUCUCAAAAUUCAUUUGCUGCCCUCACCGAGAGAGUUACGGGCGCUGAAACUCGCUUGGGCGAAGCCAAACGGAGGAUUUCGUCGGUCUAAGAUUCAGCAGCAACUACUGAAGGGCAACUGGCCAGCUUGAAGGUGAUGGUGGAUCAGUUGCAGACAAAGAUAGACGAUCUUAAAACAGAGGCCGUCGCAAGAAUCUGAAAAUAGUGGGUCUGCCAGAAAAAGCUGAGGGCUCCGGCCCACUCACAGCGUUUCUGCGAGACAUGAUCCCUAAGUGGUUAGAUAUACCUGCUGACUUCCCUGCACUAAACAUCGAGAGGGCCCACAGAUCUCCCACCUUCGCAUCUAACAAUCUGAAUUCAGCUCCGAGAAGUAUUUUAGUUCGGUUUCUACGGUUCACUGAUAAAGAAGAAAUUCUGAAAAUGGCCCUGAAGAUGACUGUUACUCACAAUGGCUCAGAGCUUCGAUUCUACUCGGAUUUGUCAGCUGGCCUGCUGCAGAAACGCUGCAAGUUCACGACUGUGGGUAAAGCUCUGGCCGCCCGCAGUCUAUAUCGGGGAUUUGCCUAUCCAGCCAGACUCAGGUGUCUGCACAACAGAAAAAUUAAACUGUUCAACGAUCCGAAGUCAGCCAAGGCUUUCCUGGACUCUCUGGAUGAUUAACUUUGAUUUUUGUUUGAGAUCUGCACCUUGAUUUUUGGAGGAAAAAACUGACGAUUCCAUUGGACAUAUACGAUAUACCCUUUAAGGUAACCCAAAAUGUUGUUACUGUCCACCACGUAGGUUUGUAAGGUUUCAAAUAUCAUGUAUACGUGGCUGGUAUGAAAGGGUAGUUCUUUAUUUUUUAUUUCAAAUAUUUAUUUGUUUAUUUUAAUAAUUAUUAUCCCAAUGGUUUCAUCUAUUACUGUUUUAUGUUUUGUAUUAUACUCAUUAAUGGAGCGGGCCAUGACGGGGCCGUAUAACUUGGUGGUAUUAUGUUAUCAGCUGUUUCAAAGCUUCUUGUGUUAUUUUGUGACUUUUUGAUAUCAUCUGUGCCUCAUCGUUUGGGGAUGGGGUCUUGGGGGGAGGGUUUUUCAGGUUUGUUUCUUGUUUUACUUGUGGUACUCUUCUGUUCGUAUUUGGUAUCUCAUACUGACAUAAUCUGUUGUUUAAUUUUGCAUGUUAUUCUUAUGACUCUACACUUUUCUGUAUGCAGAAAAGUGUAGAGUCAUAAGAAUUAAAUUAGUAACUUGUAACGUGAAGGGCAUAGGUCAUGUAAUUAAAAGGAAGAAAAUUUUAACAUUCCUUAAAAAAGAACAUACAUCUAUCGUGCUACUACAGGAAACUCAUUUAUCUGAUAAAGAACAUAUGAAGUUGAAAAGUUUGGGUUGGUCAGAUUUAUUUUUCCUCAUUCACGUCAAAUAGUAGGGGCACUGCAAUUCUUAUUCAUAAAAACAUCCCAUUCAUUCUCGAGCAUGUAGAAUAUGAUUCUGAAGGAAGAUUUGUGUUGAUUUCAGGUUUAAUUCUUUGAAGACAUAUCACUGUAGGAAAUGUAUACACUCCAAAUACAGAUUUUAAUGACCUUAUUUUAUGUCAUAUGUGGUCUUAAAAUUUAAUCAGCAUUGCAAGAACAUUGGUUUUUUGGGAGGUGACUUCAAUUGUGUACUUGAUGGAAAUUUAGAUAAAUCACCACCCCGGGUUUCAAUUGGUUGUAAAUCAUCUCAUAUUUUGCACAAUACUUGUAAGAACCUUGGCCUGGUAGAUAUUUGGAGAGAGCUGCAUCCUAAAGACAGAGAUUAUACUUUCUGCUCUCAUUCUCACAACUCUUGUUCAAGACUGGAUUAUUUUUUCAUACCUUCUGAAUGUAUACAUUGUGUGAGUUCUUGUCAUGUUGGCCCUAUUGUGUUAUCUGAUCAUGGUCCUGUUUAUUUAGAGACUGAUAUUAGUAUAUCAAUCCAGAAGUCAACUUACUGGAGAUUUAAUACUUCAUUUUUAAGCAAUACUAGAUUUUCACUACAAUCAGAAUUCACCAGUUUCCCCUGCGUUAAAAUGGGAUGCUGCCAAAGCCACGUUGCGAGGCCACUUUAUUGCUUAUGCUUCUCUGAGGAAGAAACUCAGAACCCAAAAAAUUAAAGAAUUAGAAGCUGAAGUAAAUUUUCUGGAAAAACAACAUAAAAGAUUCCCAAAUCAAGAUAAUUGUAUUUUGUUAAAUAAUGCCAGAGCCAAGCUAAAUCUAGAUCAUACAGAACAUGAACUAUUAUUUUUCAGUAAACAGCGUUAUUACAAGUUUGGAAACAAGCCAAGUCGCCUUUUGGCGUAUCAUUUAAAAAAAGAGCAGAACGAAAGAACCAUAAAAGCAAUUAAGACAUCUGAAGGCAGAAUGAUCUUUGAUCCCUUGAACAUUAACGCUGCUUUCUCUGAUUUUUACAGAACUCUUUAUACAGCUAGGUCCAGUGGCUCCAGUAAGGAUUUGCUGAAUUUCCUAAAUGAGAUUUCUCUUCCUAGCAUUUCGGAAGAUACUAGAGCUUUUUUAAAUGCCCCUUUUACUAAGAAAGAAAUUUGGCAAUCUAUACAAUCUAUGCCAACCGGUAAAGCUCCUGGCCCAGACGGGUUUCCAUUAGAGUUUCAUAAGCAAUUCUGGCCCGAGCUUUGUCCAAUUUUAAUGCAAGCAAUAAAUGGUACUUUAGAUUCAAAUUCUGUGCCUGAAUCCUGGUCAUUGGCAGUGAUCAGCUUGCUUCUGAAAAAAGACAAAGACCCAGUGAAUUGUUCUUUUUAUCGCCCAAUUAGUUUACUCAAUGUGGAUUUUAAAAUUAUAGCUAAAUCUUUAGCUCGGCGGCUUGAAACUGUUUUGCCUUACAUCGUCAACCCAGAUCAGACAGGUUUUCGUGAAGUCCAGAUAUGGCACUGAUAAUAUUCGUAGGGUAUUGAAUUUUAUUGAUCAUUUAAAUGCUACCAUGGAACCUGCCUUCAUUGUAUCUCUCGACGCCGAAAAGACUUUUGAUAGGGUGGAGUGGCCUUUUCUUUUUGCAGUAUUAGAAAAAAUAGAACUAGGAUCUAAUUUUAUCAGUUUGGUUAAACUUUUAUAUUCCAACCCUAUGGCUCAAGUUAACACUAACAGUGUUGUCUGACAGAUUUUCAGUAAGCAGAGGCUGUCGUCAAGGCUGCCCACUCUCGCCAUUGUUAUUCUCUUUGGUUAUCGAACCACUGGCUGUUGCUGUGAGAACUAACAUUAAUAUACAUGGUAUUAAAAUAGGGCUAGAGGAACAUUGUAUAUCCCUUUAUGCAGACGAUGUUCUGCUCUAUCUUAUAUAUCCUGAGACCUCUACUGAUGCAAAUUCUUGCCGUAACUGAAAAAUUUCAAUACUUGGGAAUCGAUGUCAAUACUUGGUCGAUUUGUAUAAAGCCAACUAUCCCCAGUUAAUUACGAAAAUUAAUCAGAACCUAUUAGAUUGGUCGAUUCUUCCAAAUUAUUUUUUUGGCAGGAUUAAUGUUAUAAGAAUGAAUAUUCUUUCAAAAUUUGCCAUGUUACUUAAGUACAGAUUUUUUUAAAAGGAUUAUUUUCUUCAAUUUCAAAGUAUAUUUGGAAUCAUAAAAAAACUAGACUCAAACUUUCUGUUUUGAUGAAACCAAGGGAAUCGGGUGGGGUUUCGCUCCCUAAUUUUCAGUUAUAUUUUUGUUCACGCUGGACUGGGAUUGAAUAUUCAAGAUGCUUUCCUAGACUGUCACUGCCAUUUAUUCAUAAUAUACAAAAAAUUGAAUCUCUGACUAAUAUUUUCACUGUGUCAAAUACUCUUUUGGUGUGGAAGGAUGUUAAGAAAUAUUUAGCUAUUCCAAAUAAGAUAUCUUUUAAGUCUCCUAUCACACUCAGUCCUGAUCUUCCCCCAACCAUACAGAAUAUUGGUCUUCUGACCUGGAGGUUGAGAGGAGUGUCUGAGUUUGGCCAUUUAUUUGAUAAUGGUCAAAUGAGGUCAUUCCAGUCAUUAAAGCAGGAAUUUAACCUGCCCAGUAAUGAUUUUUAGAAAUUUCUUCAACUACGGCACUUUUUAGAGUCACACUCAAAAGAAGGUAAUAUACGAUUUGAUCUUACUGAAGUAGAAAAACAGCUUCUCUCUUCAUUUACUCUUAAGAAGAAGAUCUCUGAGUUAUAUGCUUUGCUGUCUAAUGUUGGUCCUUCAACUUUUGACUCUUUGAGGGUGAUAUGGGAAAAGGACUUAGGGUCACAUUUUAGUGAUGAGGAGUGGUUAUCUGUUUGUACAUGUGGUUUCCCUAAAGGUGUCUCAAUUUCGGCCCACGAACAAAAUUAUAGAUUUAUCCACAGGACUUAUCUAACUCCAGUUCGCCUUCAUAAAAUAUUCCCCAAUUCUUCUUAAUUAUGUUUCAAAUGUAGGACAGACAUUGGCACAGUGAUGCAUGUGUUUUGGGAUUGUGAUAAAAUCAAAGGUUACUGGAAAGAGAUCCAUAAGAUUAUUCAAAAGAUUAUUGGAAAGACUUUUGCAUUAUCUCCAAAUGUUUACCUUCUGAACUAUAAAGUUGGUCUGCGCCUUGACUGUGACAAAGAAAGUGUACUGAACUUUUGUAUAUAUUUAGCGAGAAAAUGUAUAUUAUUACUAUGGUCAACACCUCAGAUACCCUCAGUUAAUAUGUGGAUAAGUCAGGCCGCUACUCUUUUAAACUUACGAUCUGCAUCAAAGAUCAGAUGUUUUCUGGCGCACUUGGUUUUCUUUGUGGAACUUUCUGGAAGAUGUUCAAUGACUGAUAAAUCCUUUUAAUUAUUGCUCUAUAAAAUGUCCCUGUUAUUUAUUUACUUUUAUAUGCUCUGUUGUAUUAUUAUUAUUAAUAUUUCUUAUUAUUAUUUUGUUUUUGCAUUUUAUAUGCCUACGUAUAAACAUGUAUAUCCAAAGAUUGUAAGAUGAUAUGGCUUAUAUGGCUGUAUGUGCUGUUAUGAGAUACCAGUACCACUGUGUUGUGUUAUUGUAAAAAAAAAAAAAAAAAAAAAAAAAAAAAUUAACAGGAACUCAUUACAGGGUCAUUAUUGUCAAUUAAAGGGAUAGUUCACUCAAAAAUGAAAAUGAUCCCAUGAUUUACUCACCCUUCAAACCAUCCUAGGUGUAUAUGACUAUCUUCUUUCAGACAAACACAAUCAGAGUUAUAUUAAAAAAUAUCCUGGCUCUUCUAAGCUUUAUAAUGGUAGUGAAUGGCGGUCAUGAUUCUGAAGUAGGGCUGCAACAACUAUUCGAUAAAUCGAUAAUCUAUAAUGAAAAUCAUCGACAACGAUUCUAAUUAUCCAUUAGUUGGGUCUGCACCGUGCACGGAAGACUUCCGCCAGUUGUGUCAAAUUACAGCACUGAAUAACGCAUUUCUAUGGACAAAAAUGCACAGAGUGAGCAGCUGCAGGAAAGGUACUUUUGAUCAGCUUUGAUCUCAAGCUGAUCAAAACAUGAGAAUUCUUUAUUUUAAGCAUCAAGCUAAUGCAUUAACGUAAUGGCUUGCCCUAUCAGGCGCUUUGACAGAUGCAUGUGCGUCGUCAGCGCAAAAUGUUCAUUCUACCUUUAUAUCCUUAUCUGUAAAUGUUACAAAUUCACGCGAGCAUUUCCAUUUUGCAUAAAAGCUCGUCCUGACAGUCUGCGUUAAACUUCAAACUUUAUUGAAUGAGUGCCGGUGAAGCAGCCUAUUCUGUUCCCUUCGGAAUGUGUGUUUUCCCUUUACGCAAGCACAACCGGAUGUACAGGAAGCCAAAAGGUUAAAGAAGUAAGUCUUUUUUUCCGAAACUUAAAAAUUAUCUUUUUUUUUUUGUUUGUUUUUUUAGAAGUGAGAUUUUCCUAACUGUCAAUUCAAUCCUUAUUUCUUUUAAAAUUUAAAACGUCUUUAAAAUUUAAAGCACGGACAUAUUAGGCUAAUUUGUAUAGGCAAAAUUCAACUGAAUAAAUUCCAACUUAAUACAUAAACUAUGAACACGUGCAAGAUAAAUUAAAUUCACAGAAAUAUAACUGCAAUGUGAGAAUCAUUUUAUUAUGCUGCAGUGGCAAUACUUUUGGGCUUUUUCGCUUUCCGAACACCCAGCUGUGUUUCAUGAUCGCAUGCGCUGUCAGCAGACCCACUCGGGGGAACAGGAAUUCCAGAAGGGAACAGAUGAACGUGGCAUAGAGGGAGACAAUUAAUAUUCAGCGCAAAAAUAUUCAUUUUGCUGAAAUAUUGGUUGUUUAAAGUUAAAUUUAAAUUUAAAAAUCAACAUGUCAUUCAAGUAUUUUAUGAGAGUAGUAACUGUAAAGGGAGAACAACAUGUAAUUGAAUAUAAAUGUAAGAUGUUUCUUAUAGCCUAUUUACAGGAUAAAGAAAUGACAGUAAGAGGUGAUUGUGUCCAGAGUGAAUGUGAAUGUCUUCCUGCAGAACAUUUAUCUUGCCUGUUGGUUAACACUGAUUUUGAGUUUUACUUUAUUAUCUUUAUUACUAUCUUCAUUUUUAAUGUAGAGAUUUAAACUAUAUUCAGUAUAUACAGUGCUAAAGUUAUUAGACAUCUGAUACCCAAGGUAUGGUUUGUGCCACAGGUCAGGGCAGCCUAAACUAUCAGUAUUGCUGCUAAAAUCAUUUUUCAUGUUUCUGUAAUGUUUAAUCAACCAGUAUGUGUAAGCUCUUUAGUUACAGCAGUAUUUCUAAAGCUACAAUAUAAUUAUUGUUACUAUCUAUGAAUUUUUGAUUUUACUGUUUUACAAGAAAGGCAGGAAAAAGUAAAACACUUCAUAGUUAUUGAUGUUUUUUUCAGAUGCUCAAUUACAAGCAAUAGUAACAGAGACUGUUAUUAAGUUUGUUUGGUUUUUUUUGGACAUGUGUGAAUAUUAUUUAGAAAUUAUUUAGUUUCAGUUUGUUAUUUUCCUAAUAAAUGGCAAUACCAUUUUUAGGUUUAAACAAGUUUUGAUAGAAUCCUAAAAUAUUUGUGUUCUCUCUUUAUUAUGACAGGUAGUUUAAUAAAUUUAGCACUAUAUGUUUUUAUAGCUCAAAAAAAAUGAACUUUCACUGUUGUUAGUGUCACAAGUGAGGCUCCCGCACUUCCUUCCCCGCACCACCGGAGGGAGCCUUCACCGGAAUACUGAUACCAUCAUUCGGACUACAUUUCCCAUAGGCCCUCAUUCCUGGGACUGAUUGCACACACACCUGCACCACAUCACACUCACACUAUUUAAGCAGCACGUGCACACACACACACUGCGAAGUCUUGAUUUGCCCCGGUGAUCAUUUCUAAGCGUUUUCUGUGGAUUGUUAUACUGUUGCCGAUUGGACUGUUUAUCUCUUGUGAUUCUCUGCUGCCUGCCUUGAUCCUUGCCUGUUUACUGGACUGUGUUUGUUUGCCGCCUGCCCUAAUCUCUGCCUGCUUCCUGAUACCGUUUGUCUGCCGCCUGCCUCGACCAUUGCCUGUCCCCGUUUACGUCUCUGCCUCUGCCCUUACCUGUGUAUACACUAUUCUUAAUAAAAGCUGCAAAUGGAUCUCCAUGCUGUCGACCCAUCAU